AUGACAUCGACUCCAUUACUGCUAAGUUCACUUCUACCGCGUCCUCGAAAUGCUCUGUAUUUGGAUCCGCUGAUCCUUCUUUCCGAAAUUGCCAAUACGCAACCUGUCAUUUCCAACACCAAGACAUCAUCUAAUGCAACAUCCAUAGUGGCAGCAUCAAAAAUACCAGCAGACAAAGUGCUCACUAUUUCAUCAAUCACUGAAACUGAGCAUGAUACAUACGAGUCUACCAUCCCACUCAAACAAAGAUUUCCUAAUUUGAUCCAUCACUUUCCACGACCGGAGCCAGAUCUCGAUGCAAUAAACAAAACAAAAUUGAUUUUCCAAGAAUUACUAGACAAGCAGCUUGGCCUUGCUGAGGAGAAUGGGAACCAGGGCACUUUAUCCUUACCACGCCCAGGUGUGGUAGUUAGUAAAAGAGGGGGAACAUACGCUGCAGAUCCAAUGUUACCUCCUAAACUUGUAAAACUCGCAAAGAAUAAGCAUCAACGACCUGAAAAUCCACCAGCACCCAUUUUGAAACUGGUACAGAAUAGUUCAGGUUCAGGCCCAAGUCCCGUGGUUGCCGGAAAAUUAAGUAAAGAAGAAAGAGCAAAGUGGGAGAUUCCUGCAGCAAUAUCGAACUGGAAAAAUAAUAAUGGGUUCACUAUUGGAUUGGAGAAACGUAUGAUUGGAAAGAAACGAGGCUUGGAUCAAGAUGAACCCCUGCAAGAUACAAUCAACAUAGACAAGUUUGCUGCUUUGAGUUCUGCAUUACUGUCUGCUGAUGCACAAGCUAGAGAAGAUAUUAGAAGAAGAAACGAGGAAAGAAUGGAGUGUGAUAGAUUAGAGCAAAUGAAACGUGAAGAAAGGAUACGUGAGAUUGCCAAUCGGAGUAAACGAAGGCGAUAUUGA